AUUUUUGUCAUUUCUUUUUGAUUGGUUCAUCAUUUUAUGCAUGAUUUCACCCUUACAGCAGUUCGUCUCAAAAUGACUGUCUAUGAAGAGACAGUCUAGAGUUUUUCUUCAGUCAAUUGCAUAAAUGUGUGCAUUUUAACUAAAUUGGAGAAAAAGAGGAUUUAUACAAGACGCUUUUCCUCAAAUAUAGUAUAAACGAAUAUAAAUACUCUUAAAAUAGAAAAAAAAUAUCAUAUGCAUCUGGUCUAAAAAGCAUAUGGACAAAGGGAGGCAAAAAAAAAAGAAAAAAUAUUUAGCCGGAGUAGAUUCUCUCUCUCGCAAAAACGAAAGAAAAAAAAUAAUAUUUUUUUCCCCUACUUGAUGGACACGCAUUUAAAUAAAUCAACACAACAACAACCAGCAGCAGCCAAAUGGAUUCAGAAUAACGAUGAUAGUGAUACUGACCAAGUUGGACUAGUUCCACAUAAUCGUGGCUAUAAACUGAGAAAAUGGGCAGCUAAUGAUUCUAAUGGUAAUAGACUACGUCCAACGACUACACUUUCAGAGGAAACAGAAUAUAACAAAGGGGGUAAAAAGAGAAUGGUCAUUAAACGAAAGAGAAGAAGGAUUGAAGACGGAUUAUCUGAUGAAGAAGAGGAUCCAUAUACACUCAUCAACAUUGAAGAUAUUCUAAGCCCUAUCGAAGUUCCAACGGAUAUCGUACGUCGACCAGCACUCCGAAGAAUUUUACGUUCUACUCAAAUUGACGCACUAGCAAAGACAUCUAUGGAAUUCAUUGAAGGCGAAAAGAACUUUAAUAAAGUUCUUUGUCGUCUUUCAGCUAUUUUACAUCAAGAUGACCCUCGUUAUCUCGACCUCACUUUUGACCGUACACCUGCACAAAUCAAAAAGUACAAAGAAGAUACAGAAGCGGCCAAAGCAGCAGCUGCUACUCUGACAGCCGCAAAGAAUGAGUCAGAUGCAGUGGAUGACCUUGAUCCAAAGGAAUUAACUGAAAAGGUGGAAAAGACAUGUAUUCCACUGGAAGCCAAGAAGGAAGACGACGAACCCAAGGAGCUGGAAGAGGAAGACUACACGGAAGAAGGCGUGGAUGUAGAGGCCAGAUCGAUCGUCAAAAGAGUCAAGGAGCUGCUCCUGGAAAAUAUUAAUUAUAGUAACGAGUACAUGUCAUGCCUACAGGAGGCUCGUAACAAAUUAUGUAAGGCAAGUAUGCAAAAGGAAGCAUUGUGGAAAGAACUACUGUCAGCUGCAAAAGAAGAAGAUAGAAGAAAUAAAGCGUUUGAAGGAAGAGAAUACAAUUGAACCCGCAAUGUUUAUUAUUAUUGUCAUUAUUAUUAUUAUUUUACACGACACGCUUGAGAUAAAGGCACAUUAUCAUCGUCAUCGUUAGCAUUCUUAUCAGGAAUAAACCUUUCCGAGUUAACAAACUGUUGCUUCACCUUUUCCUUAUAUUUUUCUGCUGCAGAUUUUAAUUUGAUACUGUUUAGAAAGGCAAGAGGGACUAAGUCUUGAUCACUGUCUUCUUCGUCUGAUGAAUCAGUUUUACCAACAAGGUAAUAAAGAGGCACAUUAUCAUCAUUCUCUGUAAAUGACAUUAAAAUAAAGAGAAAAGACUGAAGGGGA